AUGUCUAAAAGCUUUUCAUCCAGAAAGCUUCAAAUUCUCAAAUCCGUUGCCGAGUUCAGGUUCAAUGAGCGAAUACGCGCGAAAGAACCAAUUGACGCAUGGAGACGGACCGGGGGAUUCCUAAGCCAAUUGACAGGGCAGUUUGAAAUUCUAGGAAAUCUCCAGAAAAGCUUUCGAUUAGCAAAACCCCCAACGAGCUCUUUCAAAAAGGAAAGAGAAGUCUUAAAGAUUCUGGUGUGGAAAUCCGCCAUAAUGUCUUCCCCUAGAACCACCUCUCUUCGUAUUCGACUGGGAGGGAUCGAGAUCUGCAGAUGA